AGAGUAAGAGAGAGAAAGACAGGUCCGGCUGGAAAUGGCAGAAAAAGGCAAAUCAGUGGACGGAGAGAGAAAGAGAUACAGAUUAGAGAUUCAUAUAAAAACGCAAACCAAAAACCCAUAGAUUCCUUUGUUCUUCCAGUCUGUCUCGGUGGCCGCAUCGUCUUCUUCUGCACUGCCCUGCUCUCUCCUGCUCCAUUCUGAUUCCCAUUCCCUGCUUAUUUCUUCCCGUCUUUCAUGGCUGCUGCUCUUCUUGAAUCUGCCUGGCAGUAUUUGAUUACGAAUUUUAGUGAUUUUCAACUCGCUUGUUUUGGAAGCUUCAUAAUCCAUGAAAGCGUUUUCUUCUUAUCUGGGCUUCCCUUUAUUUUUCUCGAAAAAGCAGGAUGGCUGAGCAAGUACAAGAUCCAGGCAAAGACUAAUAGUUCUGCUGCACAAGGAAAAUGUAUUUCACGUCUAUUGUUGUAUCAUUUUGGUGUAAAUCUGCCAGUUAUGAUUGUUUCUUAUCCUGUCUUCAAGCUUAUGGGAAUGAGAAGCACUCUUCCAUUGCCAUCCUGGAAAGUAGUUUUCGGCCAGAUAAUAUUUUACUUUAUCGUGGAGGAUUUUGUUUUCUACUGGGGGCAUAGAAUUUUGCACACCAAAUGGCUGUACCAGAAUGUGCACAGCGUUCAUCACGAAUAUGCUACCCCUUUUGGACUAACAUCAGAAUAUGCUCACCCUGCUGAGAUCCUGUUCCUUGGAUUUGCUACCAUUGUCGGUCCUGCUCUUACCGGCCCCCAUCUAAUGACUCUGUGGCUAUGGAUGGUUCUUAGAGUGCUCGAGACAGUCGAGGCUCAUUGUGGCUAUCAUUUUCCGUGGAGCCCUUCAAACUUCAUACCUUUAUAUGGGGGUGCUUACUUCCAUGAUUAUCAUCACCGUCUGCUUUUCACAAAAUCUGGCAACUACUCGUCGACAUUCACUUACAUGGACUGGAUAUUUGGAACGGACAAGGGUUUUAGAAAUUUGGAAGCUAUAAAAAAGGCAGAAAGUUGAUGAGCUGAGGAAAAAGUCGUCGGGUCGAGUCGAGUCGGGUACAUUCGAGAUAGGUUUCUGAUGAAUAGGCACAUUUGAAAAGGUUUAGUUCAUAUCACCCUUUCUUGUGUGCCAUGAUGUGUUUUAUGUCUUUUUUUUUUUGUUGUUUAAAUUUGAGUAUUCUUGAGUAAUGAAGAGCUAUGGAACCUUAAUCAUCCUUCAAAAUUUAAGAAUA